AUGACCAUGAAUAAGGCUGCAGCUCUGCAGAAAAAGAAGAGACAAGAUUUUAUACCUUACUUUCUAGGAUUUGUAAUAUUUUUGUAUUGCACGGUCCAUCUUGUAUCAUUUACAGCAAGAACAGCUCAAGAAACCCACUCUGCCAGGGUGCGUCGAGCUCUUGAGAAUGAGACAGAGUGCAUCUCACCACAGUCCUCGGAGUUCCCUGAAGGCUUCUUCACGGUGCAGGAGAGGAAGGAUGGAGGGCUCGUCAUUUAUUUUAUGAUUAUUUUCUACAUACUUAUGGCUGUCGCAAUAGUCUGUGAUGAUUACUUUCUACCAUCCUUAGAAGUGAUCAGUGAACGUCUGGGACUGUCUCAGGAUGUAGCAGGAGCCACAUUUAUGGCAGCUGGGAGUUCUGCACCUGAACUGGUCACAGCCUUUCUGGGUGUGUUUGUGACAAAGGGAGACAUUGGGGUCAGCACCAUUGUGGGAUCAGCAGUGUACAACCUGCUAGGAAUCUGUGCUGCAUGUGGACUCUUGGCCUCUGCGGCUGGGCGACUCACCUGUUGGCCAAUGUUCAGGGACUGCCUGGCAUAUGGCAUCAGUGUUGCUGCUGUUAUUGCCAUCAUUUCUGAUAACAAAGUGUACUGGUAUGACGCUGCCUGUCUGCUGCUCGUCUACAUCGUCUACAUUGUGGUUCUCUGCUUUGACCUCCGCAUCAGUGAGUUUGUCCUGAGGAAGCUGAGCCCUUGCUGCACAUGUCUGGGUAAAGGAUCUGGUGAGAAGACUGAGAGACAGCCUCUGAUGGGCUGGAUUGAUGACACCAGUCUGCGAGUCCACAAUCACUCCAGAACAGACAGUGGGAUCUUCCAGGACUCAGGAUAUUCUCAACUGUCCCUCAGCCUGCAUGGUCUCACUGAGAUUCCUGAAGAGCAUAAAAGUGUGUUUGCCGUGCCAGAGAGCGACUUCAAGCGCAUCCUCUGGGUUCUGUCUCUGCCCGUCAUCACUGUGCUUUUCCUGACCGUCCCUGACUGCAGGAGAAGGUUGUGGAGGCGAUGGUACAUGUUAACCUUCUUCAUGUCAGCUGUCUGGAUCACAGGUUUCACAUACAUAAUGGUGUGGAUGGUCACUGUUGUUGGUGAGACCCUUGGCAUCCCUGAUACAGUUAUGGGCCUCACUCUGCUUGCUGCUGGAACCAGUAUACCUGACACUGUGGCCAGUGUGAUAGUGGCCAGAGAAGGGAAAGCUGACAUGGCAAUGUCCAACAUAGUGGGCUCUAAUGUUUUCGACAUGCUGUGCUUGGGCCUGCCUUGGUUCAUCAAGACUGCCUUUGUGGACACCAACAACCCUGUAGAGGUCAACAGUACCGGACUGGUCUUCGUUUCCUCCACGCUCCUCCUUUCCAUUGUCUUCCUUUUUGUAGCCGUUCAUGUUAACGGCUGGAAGUUGGAUUGGAAGUUAGGAAUUUUUUCUCUUUUCUGCUACAUCCUCUUUGCCACUCUGUCCAUCCUGUAUGAGCUGGGGAUUUUUGGGAAUAAUCCUAUAAAACUGUGCAGUGACUGAGGUCUGACCUCCCCAGAACUGAAGCCAUAUUAUCUAAGACUCUAACAAAAGUACAAAACCACAACUAAAUAGUUCAGCCUAUCCUCCUGAGAUGUGGAAGAAUAAAGGUUUUAAGAUUUUUACUCAAAAAUGUUAUUUAUUUUUAUAACA